UUCGCCAUUGUUCUUUGCCUGCGAAUUAUAGGCCAAAAUUAAAUUAAACUAACUAACUCUAUUCAAACAAAACCUAACCAUCUUCAUUUUAAUUACAUGGAUUCAUCACAUUCAUCUUCACGCCAUAGCUUCAUCAUCACCGUGUUAUAUUUCUGAAUCGGAAUCGGAAUCGGUUCGUGAAACGAUGAACUCGCCGUCAUCAUCAUCGUCGUCAUCGACGACGGGAAACGAUGCGAACAAGUUUGCGAUAAGGUCAUCGAUUGUGGAAUCGAUAAGAGGAUGCGGCAUUUCAGGUCAGCGAAUCGACAAAGAGGAUUUAAAACGGAAUCUCACAAUGCCUCUAUAUCUACGGAUGGCAAUGCGCGAUGCAAUCCGAUUAAAGGAUUCCGCCGCCGGCGAGAGUUUCUUCCUUCGUGAAGCUGACGAUGAUAAUGCUGCCGUUGCUCCACUUACGCCAAUUGUUGUUUUCAUUAAUCCCCGUAGUGGCGGCCGUCAUGGUCCCGUCCUCAUGGAGAGGCUUCAGGAUCUCAUGAGUGAAGAACAGGUUUUUGAUUUAUUAGAUGUGAAGCCUCCUGAAUUUAUCAAGUAUGGGUUAGGUUGCUUGGAGACAUUAACCGCUUUUGGCGAUAUUUGUGCCAAAGAAACACGUGAAAGAAUAAGGAUAAUGGUUGCGGGAGGUGAUGGUUCAGUUGGCUGGGUAUUAGGAUGUCUCACUGAACUUAACACACAAGGCCGGGAACCAGUUCCUCCUGUAGGAAUCAUACCACUUGGUACUGGCAAUGACCUAUCUAGGUGUUUUGGUUGGGGUGGUUCAUUUCCAUUUUCAUGGAAAGCGGCUAUUAAGAGAACUCUCCAAAAGGCUAGUACUGGUCCAAUUUGUCGUUUGGAUAGUUGGCGAGUUUCACUUUCAAUGCCAGAAGGCACAACUGUGGAACCACCCUAUUCUCUAAAGCAGACAGAAGAGUUCAGUCUUGACGAGGACUUAGAAGUUGAGGGAGAACUGCCUGAGAAAGUUAUAUGUUAUGAAGGCGUGUUCUACAAUUACUUUAGCAUAGGAAUGGAUGCCCAAGUGGCUUAUGGCUUUCAUCAUCUGCGUAAUGAAAAACCUUACCUUGCUCAAGGACCAAUUGCAAAUAAGAUUAUAUACUCUGGUUAUACUUGCACCCAGGGUUGGUUCUUCACACCUUGCUCGAGUGAGCCAGGUUUAAGGGGACUUAAGAACAUUUUGCGGAUGCAUGUCAAAAAGAUCAAUUGCUCUGAAUGGGAGCUAGUUCCAGUUCCUACAAGUGUAAGGGCUGUAGUUGCUCUUAAUCUACAUAGUUAUGGAAGUGGAAGAAAUCCAUGGGGUAAUCUGAAACCAGAAUAUUUGGAUAAGAGAGGCUUUGUUGAAGCACAAGUUGAUGAUGGACUUUUAGAAAUAUUUGGUCUAAAGCAAGGAUGGCAUGCAUCAUUUGUGAUGGUUGAACUGAUCUCUGCAAAGCACAUAGCUCAGGCGACAGCUAUCAGGUUGGAAGUAAGAGGAGGGGAGUGGAAAGAUGCUUAUAUGCAAAUGGAUGGUGAACCUUGGAAACAACCAAUGAGUAAGGAUUUCUCGACAUUCGUGGAAAUAAGGAGGGAACCAUUCCAGUCACUCAUGAUUAAUGGAGAAUGAUUCAUUUUCCAUAUAUGAUAUGAUAUUCAUAAUGUGUAUACCAUCCAAUCCAUAUCUUAUGUAAAUUUCUAUAUGGGCUUUGAUUAAUAGAAAAAGAAAAUACCAUUUUCAAAUAUCAUAGAGGAAAGGAUCUAAA